AUGAACUGUAGCAUCAACGGCAUCGUUUGCCAUUGUUUGCCAGCAAAUUCGGACAGCAGCACACGAAUUGUAGCAUCAACGGCAUCGUUUGCCAUUCAUCAACGGCAUCGUUUGCCAUUGUUUGCCAGCGAGUUCGGACAGCAGCACACGAGCUGUAGCAUCAACGGCGUCGUUUGCCAUUGUUUGCCAGCGAAUUCGGACAGCAGCACACGAGCUGUAGCAUCAACGGCAUCGUUUGCCAUUGUUUGCCAGCGAAUUCGGACAGGAGCACACGAGCUGUUGCAUCAGUGGCAAUUGUUUGCCAGCGAGUUCGGACAGCAGCACACGAGCUGUAGCGUCAACGGCAUCGUUUGCCAUUGUUUGCCAGCGAAUUCGGACAGCAGCACACGAGCUGUAGCAUCAACGGCAUCGUUUGCCAUUGUUUGCCAGCGAAUUUGGACAGCAGCACACGAGCUGUUGCAUCAGUGGCAAUUGUUUGCCAGCGAAUUCGGACAGCAGCACACGAGCUGUAGCGUCAACGGCAUCGUUUGCCAUUGUUUGCCAGCGAAUUCGGACAGCAGCACACGAGCUGUAGCAUCAACGGCAUCGUUUGCCAUUGUUUGCCAGCGAAUUUGGACAGCAGCACACGAGCUGUUGCAUCAGUGGCAAUUGUUUGCCAGCGAGUUCGGACAGCAGCACACGAGCUGUAGCGUCAACGGCAUCGUUUGCCAUUGUUUGCCAGCGAAUUCGGACAGCAGCACACGAGCUGUAGCAUCAACGGCAUCGUUUGCCAUUGUUUGCCAGCGAAUUUGGACAGCAGCACACGAGCUGUUGCAUCAGUGGCAAUUGUUUGCCAGCGAAUUCGGACAGCAGCACACGAACUGUAGCAUCAACGGCAUCGUUUGCCAUUGUUUGCCAGCGAGUUCGGACAGCAGCACACGAGCUGUAGCAUCAACGGCAUCGUUUGCCAUUGUUUGCCAGCGAAUUUGGACAGCAGCACACGAGCUGUUGCAUCAGUGGCAAUUGUUUGCCAGCGAGUUCGGACAGCAGCACACGAGCUGUAGCGUCAACGGCAUCGUUUGCCAUUGUUUGCCAGCGAAUUCGGACAGCAGCACACGAGCUGUAGCAUCAACGGCAUCGUUUGCCAUUGUUUGCCAGCGAAUUUGGACAGCAGCACACGAGCUGUUGCAUCAGUGGCAAUUGUUUGCCAGCGAAUUCGGACAGCAGCACACGAACUGUAGCAUCAACGGCAUCGUUUGCCAUUGUUUGCCAGCGAGUUCGGACAGCAGCACACGAGCUGUAGCAUCAACGGCAUCGUUUGCCAUUGUUUGCCAGCGAAUUCGGACAGCAGCACACGAGCUGUAG